CCCUCCGCCGCGGGAAUCUCCGGGCACUAUCCAACGAAUCUGGCGAACUCCAACGAGCUGGCAGAGCUGGAAAGGAAGAACCGAGAGGUGGUUCUUUCGCUCUAUGAAGCCUUGAGCUGCCGCGACGUAGACACCGUCACCAAGAUCCUCGCCCACGACCUCGAGUGGUGGUUCCAUGGCCCUCCUUCCCACCAGUUUAUGAUGCGAUUGCUCACCGGCGCCGACAACGACAACGAAGCCUUCUCUUUCGCCCCCAAAUCGAUUGCCUCCUUCGGCUCGAUCGUGAUCGCUGAGGGCUGCGAUUCGGAGCGCGGGAUCUACUGGGUCCACGCCUGGACCGUCACGGAUGGGAUAAUUACCCAGGUCAGGGAGUACUUCAACACGUCUCUCACCGUCACACGCCUCUCCAACUCCUCCUCCUCCGCCGCUAAGAUCGGCCGUUCAAAGUCGAAAGCAUCGACGGCUGAGAUUGCUUCCGUGCAUUGCCCUUCCGUGUGGGAGAGCAGCCUCUCCAAUCUGGUGGGGAAGUCGGUGCCGGGACUCGUUCUCGCUAUCUAA